AUGGCACACAACACCGCAAGUCACACCAACGAUGGCGCAGCCACCGAAAGCAUGCUGGAAGCCUUGAAACAGCAGGCCGGUAUUUCCUCUCCGGUUGCACCGAGCACAGCAGCCUCUACAGACCUCCACCAGCAAUGUCUGGACCUCUUGUCUGAGAUCGACGAGUUCCAGGGUUUGCUAAAGCGCACGCUGCGCAAUCCACAGCUAGUGGAGGUGCGACAGUUCCGCUCAAACGUGACCUCGGAGCUGAGAAUGUUGCAGAAGCUGGAGCAGCGAAUGCCUAGCUGUACACCGGUAGUGGAAGAGAGCGAUGCAGGUUCUGGGCAGAGAGAAGGCGAGUCCGAGGCUGAGAAGCGGCUGGCGCAUGCACUGCGCUCAUCAAACUUGCCGUUUUAUCAGGCAGUGUGGAAUAUUGCCAAAGUUUCAUGCACAGGACUGGUAGCGAUUGGCAAGCGGUUUUAUUGGGAUGGUGAGACAAAAGCAUCAGAGAGAGAAAAGGCAGAGGAGGCCAAGCGAAACAAGAAGAGCGGAAAAAGCAAUGGCGGUGGUGAGAAGCAGCCAAACAAAGAUAAGAGCAAAAGUGUGCUUGUUGAUAUCGUCGCGGGGGAUGGCGAGCAGUGGGUGAAAGUAUCGACUAUCUCGGAGAAUCGAUUGCUCUUCGAGAUGGCCGAGAAAGGAUGGGAGCGCGACUCCGAGGACGAAUGCUUGUCGGAUGACGGCAGCGACAGUUCAAAACGACGCACAAUCUUGCGCAACUUUGACGGCGAUGAAGAUGAUGAGGAUGACGAUGAUGAGUUGGAACUCAUCAAGUUGGCUAAAGACUUGCGGAAAGCAGCCAACGCUACCCGUGUGCGCUAUCGACAUCCGCGGAUCCGGGUUGUACUGCCUAGGAUCGAGGAAGGUAACGUUCCCGAAAUUGACGAUGUUCUUCAAGAGAUUCGAAGCUAUGGGGUAGAGGUCCAGGCGCAGAAGACUCAGGCUGCAGAUGCCAGCCUGACUGGGCUGGCGCACCUUCUGCCCCAGCCAUUCGAGAAAUUUACGUCCACUCUGAACGUCGAUUGCACUCUGUUACUCGCGUUGGUAUCCGAUCUAUCUCAUACCAAAAACAUGACCCCAUUGCCCGGUUUCCACAAAGCCAUUAUACGGCAGAUAGAGGUCGAAAAAGAGCAGCCGUUGCUUCCCACCGAGCUUUGGCCAGCGACUAGCAACCGUGAUCUGGUUUGCACCCAGGAGGCUGCAACCCGAAUGCGCGAAAUAGUGCAGGUGAUUGGAUCUGGUGCCGAGAAGGAAAGAACAAGAAUCAUGCUGGGUGAUAGCCCAUAUGACUCUCUGGACUCUGCAUCUCUCGUUCAGAAGUUUCAGACAACGUCCGAAUAUCAAGUGCCAGCAGGGUGGAAACUCCCCAUUAGAGUCGUUGAAUCUCAGAAAGUGAUUGACAAUGCUAAAGCACAGGGUAAACUCCCUUCAGUGGCAGAGGAAGUUGCAGAGAGCUUAUCGGAUAUAAAUUAUGGUGUCUUUAUGUACGGAUGGGCGACGGGAAUGAUGACCAUUUCGAGCAAUCGGACAAUCGAUAAACAGAUCGAAACUAUGAUUGAGAAGAGCCGAAAUGGCGAUGAGCAUCUCGAAGGACCUAAUGUUUGGAUUUGUGAUACAGCCCGAAGUUUGGCGGGCAAGGACAGGGAUCGUAAAAUCUAA